AACAGCUCUGGCUUUCACAUGUCAGCUCUUCCCUUCUCGCCUUUCAACGCUCCUCUGCUCUCCGCCUGUAGCUCCUGCUCUUACCGGAUAUUUGGUCGACGUUUCCCCUCAUUCGGCUCGAUUUGAACCCGUUUCACCGACUCUAGAAUGACUUGCCUCGUUUUGAGACUUUCGUCAGCUCCAUAAUCGAUCCAAAGUGAACGCCUGUUGCUGCGGGGUUACGGGCAUUAUCUUUAAAUGGCAUGAAACGAAGCGGCUUUUUCCUCUGGUUUCACAAAGGAGCGCCGGUUUCCUCAGGUGUCAGCAGGCUGUCCUCGGAGUCCGGUCACAUCGCCGUGCCCCGAGCUGCGACAACACCCGGUUAGAAGCCUUUAAAUCCUCGGUGAAGGCGGGAGGGGAAACCCAGCGAGGCCAGUAGCAUUACCAUGGCGAGCGACGACUGCGGUAAAGAUGAUGUGCUGGAGGAUAACCGCACGGACUCGGGCAUCGACUCGUACCGCUCCAUAUUGAAGUCAGAGGAGCCCCGUGAGCCGAGCUCCGACUUCAGCGGGCCGAGAGACAAGUUCUCUGCCGGGGAGGAGCGCCUGGACUCUGCCUAUGGCUCCUCGUCCAUCACGGUGGAGAGUCUGUCGGAGAUAGUGGAGCACUGCACGCUUUCCGCCUUAAAUGAGGAGCCAGCACAGAUCUGUGAACUCUCUGAACACGAGGAGAACUUGCUCACAACUAUUACAGAGGAAGGAGACACAAUCCUGCACUUGGCAAUUAUCCAUGAAGAUAAAUUCGUUGCUCAAGAGUUAAUACAGCUAUUUCCAAAAGAAGUUCUGGACAUCCAAAACAAUUUAUACCAGAGCCCUUUGCACUUGGCCACCUACCUGAACUUGACAGAUAUGGUUAAAGGCCUGGUGGAGAAAGGUGCCAACCUGGAGCUGCAGGACCAGGAUGGGAACACAGCGCUCCAUGUGGCUUGCCACCAUGGUCAGACAGAGUGCGCCACAGAGAUGACCAGAGACAUUUCUUCUAGCAGGCUAGUGCCGGUCUUCGAGACCCAGAAUUGGAGAGGUCUUACCUGUCUUCACUUGGCUGCACUGAACAAGCAACAUCAAAUUAUGAAGCUUCUGAUGAAAAAGGGAGCAAACCUGAACAUCCAGGAAGGAACCAGUGGCAAAACAGCUCUUCACCUUGCCGUUGAGCUACAUGACAUGACAUCAGUGAAGCUGCUGCUCGGCAGGGGGGCCAAUGUUGAUGCUGCCAUGUUUAAUGGCUGCACACCCCUGCACCUCGCUGUGGGCAGACAGGACGCUGCCAUUGCUAACCUCCUCUGCCAGUCUGGCGCUGACACAAUGCUGCGAAACAUGGAGGACGAGACGGCGCUUGAUUUGGCUGAUGGCAAUGAUGACAUUCUGGCUCUGUUUCCUUUUGAUGACAUCCAGAUCUCUGGAAGGUCGGUGGUUGGCAUGAAGUUUUGAGCUGAAUCAUAGAUGAAACAACGCCCUUUACAUUUUCUGGAGCCUUGCUGCAGCUAGAAUUUUGAAUUUAAAAAGCUGUAUUUGAGCUGAAUAUUAAUGAAAUAGUGCCUCUACUUGUAAUAUAAUCUUGAUCCAGGCAAUUAUAUGCACCGUUUAAAUUCUACUUCCUUCUAGGAAACUGAGUGAUCCUGCUUAAUUGAACACUGUUGAAGAAAAUAUGUUUCUCAGUCACUUUUUCAGUUAUUUUGCUUCUUUUCGUGUGCCUCAGGAGGGAAUGUACUCAACUACAAAACCCACCUAACUGUGAGCGGCAAAGUUUCUAUCACUUGUCCAGAGAAAAAAAAAAACUACCUCCUUAACAUAUUUGCCUUGUUUGGUUGGCUACGGCUACAGAUGGAACAUGGAAACUGCAUUGUUUCACAGCUUCUCAAACUGUAUCACUGCUAUGAUUGCCUUUGUGUCGUAAUGAAAGUACAAUUUUUUAAAUUUGGCCUUUUCAUGUAGGGUGUAGCAAGACUGAGGAAUGCGAACACACACUGAGAAAAAUGAAUUUUCCAUUUACUAAAUGAAAAUGUAAAUCUACAAAGACAAACUAAUCAUAACCCAGCUUUUGUUAGGAAUAACUGGUAGCCCAUUAAAAAUGUAAUAUAUACCACAUAAUGCAGCUUCAUCUUUUUGAUUUUUAGGUUUGCUGCUUCAUGUUGUGAAACAAUUUGCUCAAUCUUAUCUUUCAUCUGCAGAAAACUGUUACUGUUCUUUUGUGUGUAAUUACAUUGGCCUUUCUAGUCAACAUAAGCAGUUCUUUUAUUUUGUAAUAAAAAUGAUAAAAUCA